CACGGAACGUUUGGAAUCUAUGAAAAGUUAACUUGUCAAGGGAGGAGGGGGGUGGGGGGGUUGGCUUGAGGGGGUCGCGCGCACGCACGCGCGUCGUCGGAGCUCCCGUGCGAUGCCAGAUGCGAGUCGCGAACGUGCUCGUGCGCGCGUGACACGUCCCGUAACCGGAGCGAGCGCGGGAUGGACGACGCCGCCGCGGAGCUCCGGCGUGCCGAGCGCCGGGCUCAGCCGGAGCCCGGGCCGCCGCUCUCAUUAACUGUCCGCGGGGAGGAGGAGGAGGAGGAAGAGGCGGCCCCCGGCCAGAGCGACUCUGGAGCAGAGGACGGGCUCGCGAACGGCCACGGCGCCGAAGAUGAGCCCGCGGCGGGCGCCACCAGCUACUGGAGCAUCAGCGAGGGUCCGGACCACCCUCUGAUCCUGUCCCCGGCCCCGGGGCCGUCGGGACGCAAACCCCGGGCGCGGCGGGCCUCGCGGCCCGGCCUGAGUCGCAUCCCGGGCCGCGACCACCGCCGCUACUACCACGAGUACUGGCGCAGCGAGUACCUGAUGGACUUCGACCCGCUCCGGCACGGCAUGAUCUGCAUGGUGUGCGGCAGCUCGCUGGCCACCCUCAAGCUGAGCACCAUCAAGCGCCACAUCCGCCAGAAGCACCCCGACUCGCUGCUGUGGAGCGCCGCCGACAAGGAGGUGAUCCGCUCCGGCUGGGAGAGCCACCUGAGCCUCGGGGGAGGUCAGGGGUCGUACGCUGAAGCCAGAGCCGCCGAGCCCGCCGGGCCCGAAGGGGGUGACGAGUCGGCGCUUUCGGGCUUUCCCGUCGCUGCCGAAGCGGCCGAGGAGCCGCCGCCGCCGCCGUCGCGCGGGCCGAGCCGCUCUCCUGCGCCCGAGGCGGACGGCGACGCACGCCGCCGGGAGGGAGCGGUCCGUCCUUGCGCGCGCGCGCUGGAGCGCUACCUGAACGCCUCGCUGCACGCCUGGUUCCGCCAGGAGUUCCUGAUGGAGUACGAGGCGGAGGCGGGCCGGCUGCUGUGCAUGGUGUGCGGCGGGCGGCCGCCCUCGCUGCACCUGGACCACAUCAAGAACCACGUGCUGGAGCGACACCCCGACUCGCUGGUCUACAGCUCCGAGGAGAAGCACCGCGUGCUGCAGGCCUGGGCUCAAACUCACGACGAGUCGGAGAACUCCAUCCAAUCGGAAGCAAACUCCAAAGAUGACGGCUCGCCGUCUCGGGACGCGUCUCUGAACGAGGACGACGGCGGCACGGCGCGCACUGCGCGCCGGAGGCGGGGCCCGCGGGGCGGCGACGCGCGACACCUGCGCCUGGACUACCUGGUGGCGUACGGGCCCCGGGGCCGCGCCGUCUACUGCAUGGUGUGCUCUCGAGUCGUGCGCGGGAGCCGAGUCCGGAGCUUCCGGCAGCACAUCCGCCAAUGUCACCCCGAGACGGAGGCCCUGAGCCGGCAAGAGCGGGAAGCCGUGGCGGCGGCCUGGACCAAAGACCGCCGCGCCGAAGACGAAAUCAGCACAAGUGACGCCGGUGUCCUCAAUACCUCCGGCGGCCCGAAUGAGGACGGCUCCCCAGACGUCAAACCGUCGGUGAAAGAAGAGGAAGACGAGGAGGAGGAGGAGGAGGAGGAGUUGGAGGAGGAAGGAGGAGGAGUCAAGGACACGGCCAAGGACGCUACCCCGCGCCAAGGCCACUACCCGGGCAAGGACCAGCGGCGAAACUACCAGGUGCGCUGGCGCACGGACUUCCUGAUGGACUACGACUGCCGACGGCACGGGCUCAUCUGCAUGGUGUGCGGCGCGGCGUUGGCCACGCUGAAGGUGAGCACCAUCAAGCGCCACAUCCAGCAGGUGCACGCGCAUUCGCUGCGCUACGGCGCCGACCAGAGGCGCAGCGCCGCGCUGGCCUACGACGGCGACGCCGCCGGACGCUUCGUCCACGCCGACGAUUGCUUCCUCGCCUGGGAUCACGCGCGCAGCGACACGGGUCCCUCGCACGCGCACUGAGCCGCGGCCGGCCGCUUCCUUGCGGGCCCGGGACGGAGUACGCCAAGCGCACGUCGACCGGAACGGCGCCGCUCCUCCGAGUCAAUAGUUAGCUUUCCAUAUCGAGGGGGGGGCGCUUUGUUUCCGACCUUCAGAGAUGAAAAGCGACUCCGAAACCCACGUGAGAAAUGCGCCGCCUCUGCAAAGUCGUCGGAGCCCUUCACAUUUUCCACGUUUUAUGUUACAGAAUGAUUCCAAAAUGGAAUUCAUUAUAUUUUUCCCCACAAAAGCCUGCACCUACCCGAAAAAAAGUUGUCUUAAGUUGUUGCUAAUUUAUUAAAAAUAACUAUUCAUUUUAAGUUAGAGCCUUAUUCUAAAAUGAAAUAAAUUAUUCCCCCCCCCCAUAAUUCUGCACAAAAUACCUCUUAAAACAUGAAAGUAAAUUUUUAGAAAUGUAUUCAAACUUAACAAUCACACGUUCACCUGUUCGCCAAAGCACUAAUAUAAAAGUCGUGCUUUACCUCGGUGUCAAGGAACAAUGUUGAAGUGAGUUGAGGAGCUUCAUUUAGUGCUUUGUGAAUUUUGCUGUUCAGCUCGCAACAGCUGUUUUGAGCCAUAAACGGACCAAUAGAUUUCCUGCUUCCAUUAUGAUUGGCAUUGAAACAAUACUAUUAAUCAAGCUGUUGACAUUUUGACCUCAUGAGACCAAGUCGACGCCCAACAAUUGAUCGACAGUACCUUGCCAACCAUGAUGUCCUCAGAGAGAAGUGGCCACUGAAUACUUUCUGGAAAGCCAUGUACGCGCCCCGUGAUUGGCUGACGAGCAGUCCAAGGGUGUACUCGCCUCUCGCUCAAGUCCGCCGGGCGACCCUAAUGAGGGCGAGCACUACAGAAAACGGAGGCAUGAGCACUUGCUGAGACUAAAUGCAUGAGUCACGUCGUGACAACUUGUUGUUCUUCUCAACCUGGAAAAUCUCAGGGAUUGCACAUUUGUUUCAAUCGAGGUUCUUGGAAGACGCGUGUGUCGCAAACAGAACGUCGGCAAAGUUUUAGGAGGAAAGUGGAAACGAAAUGUGUUGGUAAAAACAGCAAAAAGGCACUUCGGUAAUGUUCGAACACUUAUUUUCCAGACAGUGGCACUUAAUUUGGAAAGGACACACAAGAAGUGACAUCAUCAUCAUCGUAUGAUUUCAUUGGUCCACAUGCAGCACUUAACUCUUUUGAAAUGAUGGGAAUGACUUGUCGACAUGUUUUUGUAACUUGUGCUUGGCCUCCACGUCACCUUUGAUGCAAUAAUGCAAUAAAUGGAUGCCUGUUUUUCCUUGUACACCA